AUGGAUAAUUUUCACUAUAUGGAUUAAAUAUUUAUCUAAGAAAAAGAAUGUUUGGAUAAGUGUAAUGAUUGGCUUUAGAAAAACAAUGUAAGAUAUGAAAAUACUAAUAAAUAAGUUAAAUUUUCAAAUAUGCUCGAACUCGAAAUUUUUGUUCUGUAAACAAAAAAUCGCAUAAAAUAAUAAAAGCUUUAAUUCGUAAAAUAUGGAUCAAUGUUUGGAGCUUUUUUAGGAACCUUGACCUUUUGCGUUUUUAAUGAAAAAAGUUUUACUGGAAAAGAUGUCUUAAAAAUAUUUAGUUUACCAGCUUUUGGUGGAGGUAUAAUCAGUUUUUUAUUAUCAGAAUUUCAGACUGUUUGUUCUAGAGUUGUUUCACUCAACUACACAAAUAUUGAUUUCCCUAAAUUCUAGUUAUUUUUUGAAUCUUGCUUUAAAAACUACUACAAUCUUAAAUAAAAAUUGAUGUAAUGA